AGUUAUCAACAGUUUUGGUAUUUGAACUAUCAAAUGUGCAAUCCUUGUGCAUAGUUUUAAUGCUGCACAGGACAAUAACCUACAAAGUGCAUUGCAAUGCUCUGCUAGACUGCCGAAAGACCAACCCACUCCGCCUCACCAACAGUUUACCCAAAAGCAUUUUAACGCCCUCGCUGACCCCCAACAGAUGUCGAGCUGGACUUUUACGGCACACGCUGCACCCUUCUUUUCGCAGAAGUGACCUAAACCCAAGUUUACAUUUGAUUCUAUUCAACCCAGUGCCGGGUAUUAGCCUACACUUACGGGAAGUGUGAUGAAGGAGCAGUUACUUUUUUGAGAUUGGAUACUAGAAACGGUAGUAGCCAAAUUACAGUGUUUAUUGAGGGAAGCUCAUGGCGGCUGUGAGUGUGAGUAGCGGUAGUAGUGACACAUCUAGCACCGGCGAAGAGGAGAGGAUGAGGCGGUUGUUUCUGACUUGCGACGGCGACGGUGAUGGAUACAUCAACAGGAAUGACCUGCUGAUGGUGUGCAGACAGCUAAACAUGGAGGAGUCUGUGGCAGAGAUCAUGGGCCAGCUGGGAGCGGAUGAGCGAGGCAAGAUCUCCUUCGAGGACUUCACCCGCUGCCGCAUGCAGCUGGUCAACGAGAUCCGCAAGGAAGAGGGCGAGCUCUCCCAAAGCUCCCAGGACUCUGAAACUAGGAAGCUCAGGGAACACAUCGCCUCUUGGCCAACCAGCAGCGAGAACAGCCUGGGGGCCCUGUCAGGGGCCACAGAGAGCUGGGAGUACGACUCUGGGGCCAGGGACCUCCAGAGUCCAGACAUACAGCCUCGGCAAACACAGACCCAGCAGCAGCCAGCCAUCCUCCAGAAGGUCCUGGAACCGCCUGGGACUGUCCUAGAACAGCAGGCUGCCCUUCAUAUGCUCCUGUCCCAGACCAGCGCCCGCUGUGUCCCCCUGGGGGGAAAUUACCUGGAGCUGGCCAACACACUCCAGCUGACAGCCCUGGCCUCGUGGAAGGGGGACGUGGUGGAGCUGAACAAGCGGCUGGUGCAGACGGAGAGAGAAAGAGAGCUGCUUGAGAAGAGACUGGCCAAAACACAGUGUGAGCAGUCCUAUCUGAUGCGGGAGCAUGAGGACGUUCAGGAUCGGACCACCCUACGAUACGAGGAGAGGAUCACAGAGCUACACAGCAUCAUCGCUGAGCUCAACAAGAAGAUAGACCUGCUACAGGGCUCUACCAUCAGGGAGGAGGAUGAGUUUUCAGAGCUGCGUUCGGAGCUCAGCCACAGCCAGCACGAGGUCAACGAGGACGGACGCAGCCUCGACCAGGACGUGGCCUCCGUCUCACUGGCUGAAAACCACUCCACCCUGACGACCGCCAACAUGGACAACUGCAGUGACCUGAACUCAGAACUGCAGCGGGUUCUGACGGGGUUGGAGAGCGUGCUGUGUGGGAGGAAGAAGAGCACAUGCAGCCUGUCUGUGGCCGAGGUCGACCGCCACAUAGAGCAGCUGACCACCGCCAGCCAACACUGUGACCUUGCCAUCAAGACGGUAGAGGAGAUCGAGGGAGCCUUGGGCCGGGACUUCUACCCCAGCCUGUCGGAGGAGCGUAUGCACUGGCAGAAGGAGCUGGCCGGCCUGAGGGAAGAGAACGAGAGCCUGACGGCCAUGCUGUGCUCCAAGGAGGAGGACUUGAACCGCACCAAGGCCACCAUGAACGCAAUCCGGGAGGAACGUGACCGCUUGAGACGGCGGGUGCGGGAGCUGCAGACGCGUCUCCAAAGCUCCCAGCCUGCCGGCCUGUCCAGCCCCGGGCGUCUCACCCCCGUCUCCCGUCCAAUCAACCCCAGCACUGGGGAACUCAGCACCAGCAGCAGCAGUAAUGACAUACCUGUGGCCAAGGUGGCGGAGCGGGUGAAACUGUCUAAAACCAGGUCGGAGUCUUCCUCCACCGAGAGGCCUGUUCUGGGAUCAGAGAUCAGCAGCAUCGGGGUGUCCAGUAAUGUGGCGGAGCACUUGGCACACUCCCUCCAGGACUGCUCCAACAUCCAGGAGAUCUUCCAGACCCUCUACUCCCACGGAUCAGCCAUCUCUGAGAACAAGAUCAGGGAGUUUGAGGUGGAGACGGAGAGACUUAACAGCCGCAUCGAGCACCUGAAGUCUCAGAAUGACCUCUUGACCAUCACGUUGGAGGAGUGUAAGGGCAACGCAGAGAGGAUGAGCAUGCUGGUAGGCAAAUACGAGUCCAACGCUACCGCCCUACGACUGGCACUGCAGUACAGUGAACAGUGUAUAGAGGCCUAUGAGCUGCUGUUGACGCUGGCGGAGAGUGAACAGAGUCUGGUACUGAGCCAGUUCAGAGCUGCCGGAGUGGGCGACGUAGGCGAGAAGUUGGGAGAGGAGAGCAUCACUCAAAUCCUGAAGAGGGCCCAUGACUGCAGGAAGACAGCAGAGAAUGCAGCCAAGGAUCUUCUGGGCAGGCUGGACGGUAGCUGUGGAGCCGCAUUCGCUGUGACUGGCUGCAGUGUUCAACCAUGGGAGAGCCUGUCCUCCAAUAGUCACACUAGCACCACCAGUUCCACGACCAGCUCGUGUGACACAGACUUCUCCAAGGAGGACGAACAGCGACUGAAAGACUACGUGCAGCAGCUAAAGAAUGACCGUGCGGCAGUCAAGCUGACCAUGCUGGAGCUAGAGAGCGUUCACGUCGACCCCCUCAGCCUUGAGGUCAAGCCCCGGGGAGAUACGCACCGUCUGGACCUGGAGAACGCUGUGCUGAUGCAGGAGCUCAUGGCCAUGAAGGAGGAGAUGGCGGAGCUGAAGGCCCAGCUCUACCUGCUGGAGAAGGAGAAGAAGGCGGUGGAGCUGCGGCUGAGCACGCGGGAGGCCCAGGAGCAGGCCUACCUGGUGCACAUCGAGCACCUCAAGGCCGAGGUGGAGGAGCAGCAGGAGCAGCGCAGGAGAUCCCUCAGCUCCACUGGGAGUAGUAGUAAAGACAAGAGCCAAGCCGCUAAGGAUUGUGGAGACUCUCCGGCCAUCAGCCUAUCAGACCUGAGGACACUGAAUGAUAGCGACCUGGCAGCAGAGCUCACCAACGCACUGAGACGGGAGAAGAAGCUAAAGGGGCGUGUCCAGGAGCUAGUGGCAGCGCUGGAAAGACUAACCAAGAGUAGCGAGGUCCGCCACCAGCAGAGUGCCGAGUUCGUCAACGAUCUGAAACGGGCAAACAGUAACCUGGUGGCUGCGUAUGAGAAGGCCAAGAAAAAGCACCAGGGCAAGCUGAAAAAGCUGGAGGCUCAGAUGAUGGCCAUGGUGGAGCGCCACGAGACACAGGUUCGCAUGCUCAAACAACGCAUCGCCCUGCUGGAGGAGGAAAACUCACGGCCACACACCAAUGAGACCUCCCUAUGAGAACUGAUGAGACGUCCCUAUCAGAACUCACGAGGCAUCACUAUGAGAACUCACCAGACGUCGCUUCAGAAACUCACCAGACGUCGCUUCAGAAACUCACCAGACGUCGCUUCAGAAACUCACCAGACGUCGCUUCAGAAACUCACCAGACGUCGCUAUGAGAACUCACCAGACUUCACUAUGAGAACUCACGAGAACUCAUCGCAAUGAGAGACAUCACAAUGAGAGACAUCACUGUGAGAACUUGCAGCCAAAACUCACAGCGCCACACCAACAGGACCUCCGGGUGAGCAACGCAAGGAGACUUCAUGUCCACAUUAUUAUAUGAAACAUCAUUACGAGCAACGGUUAGAGGAGGGAACAAGGGAAAGGCUGGUGUGUGUGUGUGCUGAGAAUGUAACCUUUCCCUACCAACCCAUAGACACCCUGCAGUCCUAUUCGGCACAUACACGUGGGGAGGACACUGCGGUGAUAGCUGCAAGUUCAUUGACCAGCAGAUGGACAGGUAAAACUGCCAGGACCAAUUGGAGUUGACGCUACAAAUGACAGCUUUCAAUCAUCUCUGCAGAACGACACAUUAUUUUUACCACAGAAACCGGUAGAGGAAAGGUGUCAUUUUAUAUUUUUUGAGAGGAGCACUAUAAGUAAGCAAUAAGGCACCUCUGGGGUUGGGGAAUAUGGCCAAUAUACCACGGCUAAAGGCUGUUCUUAUGCACGACGCAUCGUGGAGUGCCUGGAUCCAGCCCUUAGACGUAGCAUAUUGGCCAUAUACCACAAACCCCAGAGGUGCCUUAUUGUUAUUAUAAACUGGUUACCAACGUAAUUAGACCUGUAAAAAUACAUGUUUUGAUAUACCACGGCUGUCAGCCAAUCAGCAUUCAGGGCUCUAACCACCCAGUUUAUAAUAUAAACGAACUAUCCUUACUGGCAAAUUAUUAACUAUUAUCUCCCAGUUUAUUUCAAAUGUUAGCUUUGAUUUGGUAGCCUUUUUGUUAUUUCAAGGUUUGACUGCAAAUUAUUUUGAAAGUAUUUUUUAUCAAUGUUGCCAUUUAGAGUUAUUCCAUUUUGUUGCCAUUUAGAACUAUUUCUGGUGAUUCCCUUUUAAGGAAUAACUUUCUUUCAGCUCUACUUAACAACUUCCCAGUUUUCAGUCUACAAAGUACACUCUGCCAUAGUGAAGACUUACUGAACACAAGGGCUCCAUUCACUCAAACCUGGGUUUGAUGUCUGGAUAUCUUAAAAACAUUAUUAUUCUUGCACUGUUAGAAUGCAUAAUUAUUUUUUUUCAGUCAGUGUAAAAUCAAAAUAAAUGCAAGCGCAUCUUACUUAACCCCGCACAGGUAAAAUGUUUGUAUUUCACGUAACCGGCAAACCUGCUUCCGAGGUUUGAUUGGAUAGGGCCAAAAGUCAAUACCUCAAAGUGCGCAAAAUGUCCUUCCAAUAUGAAUGGCAUUGUUUCAGGUAACAGCCUUCAACUAUACAGCAGUGAAUCGCAAGAGACUGUAGUAGGUGUGUGCACAUGGAGGGGAGAUGACAAUAGGGGUGUGUGUGAGGAGAGAGAAAAGGGUAGAGUGUAUAAGAAUGUUUAAAGCAGAGAUCCAGAUUAUUAAUUUUGUCAUCCCCUUCAUGAACACAGAUUUAUUGCACACACACAAACCUCCUCUCCGGCCAAAGCACUUUUCACUUCCCGCUGGACAAUAACACCACAUUGCCUUGUUGAGGACUCUCUUUGUUUUUCUGCAAGACUUAAACCCGGACCUCCAAUGUUAACCAAUGGCUGCUACACUCAUCACUCUCUCUCUCUCUCUCUGUCUGUCUGUCUGUCUGUCUGUUUGUUUUGGGACAAGGGGAAAACAUAUUUACUAUUCUCUAGCAAUCUGAGAUGCUGCAUUCUCACUCUACCUGACUGCUGUUCCGUUCAACAUCCCUACUGUUGCUAGCUACUAUAAAUCGACUUAAACCGGGAGCCUGGCACCCAGGUGACACCCAUGUUUCUAGAUAACCAUCAGUAGCCUGGUAUACAGAUGUUUUGAUUAGGCAGGGGUGGAUCAAUUCCAUCUAAUUAAUUUAAUUUGGAAAAUUGUCAUGGGCAAUAUUUUGCUUCAAUUCAUUAACCAAAUUUCCAUUUAAUUCCUGAGUUUGAAUGUAUUAACCCCAGUCCUGUUGUUUGGUAAGAUUCACUGCUAGAGCAAGCACUAGUGUGUAGACAAAUAUACCAGUGAUGUAAUUUCCUCUCAAUAAACUGUCAUAGUUAUGACUUAUCUCACAAAUACAGUCA